AUAUACUAGUUUUAGGUACACAAAUGUACUAUUGGCUUUUCAUUAAUUUGUGAUAACGGCAUUGGUGUUUCAGUCACAUUUCUAUAAGAUAAUCAUGGCAGAUAAUGAUGCAGAUCUUGCCAUAGCAGAAAAGGAUAUGGGCAAUUCAUUCUAUAAGAAAAGGGCCUUUAAAAAAGCUCUGGAAUGCUAUGAUAGAGCUAUCAAACUUGAUGCGACAAAUGCUAUAUUUUUCACAAAUAAAGCUGCAGUGUAUUAUGAACAAGGCGAGCUUGAAAAGUGCAGAGAAAAUUGCUUGAAAGCUGUGGAUGUGGGACUAAACCAUGGUGCAGACAUAGCACUAAUUGCCAAGGCAUAUGGUCGUAUUGGGAGUUCUUAUAUGAAAGAAAAAAAUCAUUCUGAGGCCAAGCACUUCUUUGCUAUAUCUUUAUCAAAAAAUAAAUCCUCGGAUGUUAUGGAGAAGUUAGUCCAAUGUGAAAAAGAAAUAGAAGAAGUGGAAAGGCUGGCAUACAUCAACCCUGAACUUGCUCAAGAAGAAUAUUCAAAGGGCUGUGAUGAAUUUGCAGCUAAAAAUUUUGAAAUAGCGCUGAAUCAUUUCACAGAAGCAAUCAAACGUAAUCCCGAUGAUGCCAAAACAUAUUUGACGAAAGCUGCAGUUCAUAUGACAUUGCUUCAAUAUGAUAAAGCUGUGGAAGAUUGUGAGGAAUGUGUUAAAAAGGAUGCCAGUCUUGUGAAAGGUUACAUUUAUAAAGGAGCGGCUUUAGAAUCAUUAUGUGAAUAUGACAAAGCUAUGGAUGCAUAUCAAAAAUCACUUGAACUUGAUCCAAAUGUAAAAGAAGUAACAGAAGCAUAUCACAGAUGCUUAAAUAAAGACUAUGAAGCUCGCAACACAUCGAAUCUGUUACAUAGUAGGGCAAAAGAAAACACAGACAUUGCAGAGAUAUUAUCUGAUACAAAUGAAUCUGAUUCAAUAAGAAAAUUGAUUAAUAAUCCUAAUAUGACAGAUAAAGUGCAAAGGCUUAUUGAUUAUGGAUUAAUCAAGUUAAGCUGAGUUUGUUUUUGGCCAAUGCGAUGUCUCGUAUAGUAAACGUAAGAUCAAUAGCAUAUGAUGCAAGUAUGCAAUUAAAAUUGAAACAUAAUUUUAAUUAUCAUUUCUUAUCACUGGUAUUCCCUCAUUUGUAUUCAUACUGGUGCCAUACUUUUCCUAUUUGAAACAUUUAAAGAGUUUGAACAUGGGUCACCAUGUAUUAUUAGCAAUAAAACUAUUGCUUUAUGUUUACAGA